CAAAAUGCAUAAGAUCGUCUUGUGGAGUCUCCUGCUGACUUUUUUUGGAAGUCACGCUUCAAGACCCUGGGCUCACAGAAAUAAUGAAUUUGCAGUGGAACUUUAUCAAGCUAUCCGCUUAUCUCAUAAUAACAACAUUAUAUUUUCCCCUCUUGGAACAACUGUGCUUCUUGGAAUGGUAGAACUGGGAGCAAAAGGAAAAGCACAGCAACAAAUAAGACAAACUUUAAAAUUUGAGGACACCUCAACUGGCGAAGAAUUUUCUGUGCUGAAGUCAUUUUUCUCUGCCAUUUCUGGGAAAAAACAAGAAUUUACAUUUAAUCUUGCCAAUGCCCUCUACCUUCAAGAAGGAUUCACUGUGAAAGAGCAGUAUCUCCAUGGCAACGAGGAAUUUUUUCAGAGUGCCAUAAAACUGGUGGAUUUUCAGGAUGCAAAGAAUUGUGCAGAGACAAUAAGUACCUGGGUAGAAAGCAAAACAGAUGGAAAAAUUAAAGGCAUGUUUUCAAGAGAAGAAUUUGGCCCUCUGACUCGACUUGUUCUGGUAAAUGCUAUCUAUUUUAAGGGAGAAUGGAAACAGAAAUUCAGAAAAGAAGACACACAACUGAUGAAUUUCACUAAGAAAAAUGGUGAAACUGUCAACAUUCCAAUGAUGAAGGCUUUUCUGCAAACAAACUAUGGUUAUUUUUCUGAAUCUUCUAUGCAAUACCAGGUUUUGGAACUACCUUAUAAAGGCGACACGUUCAGUUUAAUCAUUGUACUUCCUUCAGAAGGUGUGAACAUAGAAGAAAUGGAAAAACUAGUAAAUGCAGAUCAAAUCCAGAAAUGGCUCUCUGAGAUGAAAGAAGAGGAAGUAGAAAUAAGUCUUCCUAGAUUUAAAGUAGAACAAAAAUUAGACUUCAAAGAAGUUUUGUAUUCUUUGAAUAUAACUGAAAUAUUCAGUGGUGGAUGUGAUCUUUCUGGAAUAACAGAUUCAUCUGAGGUAUAUAUUUCCAAAGUCAUGCAAAAAGUUUUCUUGGAGAUAAAUGAAGAUGGCAGUGAAGCUGCAGCAUCAACUGGUAUGAACAUCCCUGCAAUCAUGAGUUUGCCUCGAAACCAGUUUAUAGCAAAUCAUCCAUUUUUGUUUAUUAUAAAGAAUAAAUCAACAGAAUCGAUUUUGUUUAUGGGAAGGGUGACAAAUCCUGACACUGAAAAGAUGAAGGGAAGAGAUUUAGAUUCACUGUAAUUGAGCAUCAUAAUCUCAAAAUAAAAGACUAUCCCUAGAAAACAGAUUAUAUCAAAAUAUCACCAUAUUGAAAAUAUUUCUAUAUAUCUAAUUUCUGUUGUUAAUUGUGCCUAUAUUAAU